GCAACGGCGCACAGCGGCUAGAGCAGCGCAGCACCACCGACCGCAACGUCGGCCAACAUGAUCAAGUUCGCAGUUCUGCUGGUUCUCGGGGCGCAACUCUGCUUGGCUCAACAGUACCCGAGGUACUUCAAGUUCCCCGUUGGAAAAGGUGAUGAGUGCGAGGACCACCAGAUCGGCAAGAGAUUCCCCGUGGGUGCUGUGUGGAGCAGCCGUAACUCGGGCUGCAAGCAGAGCCACUGCAUCAAGGAGAACGGUACUCUCUACAUCGACCGCUUCCAGUGCCCCCAGGUGCGGAAGCGGGUGGACUUCCAGAAGCUGAAGGCGGACAACCUGUUCUGCAGAGAGGCCGUGGGAGACCGCAGGAAGGCAUUUCCGGACUGCUGUCCCCGCCUUGUGUGUAAACACUACGUUAAGGGCAAGCUGGUCGCUCUCCCUGAGGACAAGUACCCUUUUCUCUGAGCGCAGUUGAUGGCGUGCGGUAACAUUGAAAUAACGACUUGAUUGUGAUACGAUGGUGAUAGUUCUAGCUGCCGGAGACAGUCGCAAACCUGAUACGUUAUAGUUAUCAGUAGUUUUUUUUCACGAAACAGUAGUUUUGUGGAAUGGUACCACCAGUGCCUGUAGCGUAGCUUUGUGGCGCUUUGUUUCG